AUGGGAAUUGCCAGCCCGGAGUCGCUGCCAGGAGCUGCAGCGCGGUGUCCUGGCACGGAGCCGCAGGGAGAGCUGCCAGCCCCACGGGGCCUCCGCCGCCCUGCCCUGCCCGCCCCGCCGCGGGGCUGCGGCCCGACCACAGCGCCCGGCUCACCGCGCGCGGCCGGACGGCGCCGGGCGCUCCUCACGGCCGCCGCCGGGGUCGCCUCCAGCGGCGGGUCGAGCCCCUCACGCUCCCGGGCCGGCACCGGGCGCCCCUCUCCACUGCCGCGGGGCGCCCGGAGGCGGUGGGCGAGUCCCAGCGGCCCCGCCCGCAGCCCUGCCCGUCGCACUCCCGCCAGCCCGCGGCGGCCGGGCCGGGAGCGCUUCGCUCCCUCCCGCGGUGCGAAGGGACAGGCCGGGCCGGUUCCUGCCUUCUAA